UGGCUUCAGCUGCCUCUGGAAAUCCCCACGGGCCUUCGUGUUCCACCCCCUCAAGAUUUCACCCCAGGGACUUUCCACAGGAAACUGGUGACGGCGGAAGUGAUACGUUUCAGCCACAGAUAAACUUUCAGCUCACAUCCCACCCCCCAGCUUCGAGAAGCACCUCUGAACGUGCAGCAGCUCUUUCUCGAGCGAGGGGAUGAGGGCCUCAGCCUGUCCGGGGAUUGUGCUGGGACUGCUCCUGCUGCUGGCAGGCAGCUCGCAGGCAAAAGUGGAGUGCGUGUGCCACAACGGCGAUUACGUGAUCUGCGACUGGGGCAGGAAGCAGAAGCCAGACACCAACUACUCCUUCUACUUCUGGUAUGAAGGAACUGGUGACCCCGUAGCGGAGUGCAAGGACUACAUCCAGAUAGGGGGGCUCAACGUGGCGUGCCGGUUCAGCGAAUACAAACUGUUCCUUGACUUGAGAACUUACAUCAAUGGAAGCCAGGGGAGGAUUAUUCCCACCCAACCCAUACUGCUGAAUAACCGAGUGAGACCCGACCCACCUUUCAACCUCACCUUGCACAACGUGAGCAACCACCAGCUUCUCCUGACCUGGAAGUCCCCGUACAAAAAAUACAAGUGUUUGCAGCACGUGGUCAGCUACAAGAACAACAAGGACACGCGCUGGAUGGAGCACCACGUAAAUAGCAUGGAGUUCCAGAUCCCCAGCGUGGAUCCUGAGAAACUGUACACCGUCUAUGUCAAGAGUAAACUGCACAACAAGUGUGCAACCACAGACCUCUGGAGCCUGCCAUCCAAUUCAGUCACGUGGGGAAAAACGACAGCAGUUCCAGCACUUCCAGUUGCCGUCAGCAUUGUGAUCCCCCUGGGUUCUUUCUUCAUUUUGCUGAUGCUGCUCUUGGCCUUGGUGCGGAUGGAGAGGGUGUGGGUGGUCCUGAUGCCCAGGAUCCCAAACCCCAGCAAGAAAUUUGAGGAUCUCUUCACUGCAUAUCAAGGCAAUUUCUCAGAAUGGGCUGGGGUCUCCAAAGAUGCGGUGGAGAGUUUCAAGCCCAACUAUUUUGAAAACAUCUGCUCUGUCACUGAGCUGCUGCCCAGCGGGGGCUACCUGUCCGUGAGCAGUGACGCUGCAGUCAAGACCGGAGGGGCUCCUGGCCUUUUGGCGGACCCUGUUCCCAAGGCCAACCCAGACACAGCAGUAUUCACCACCUGAGUCUGCACAUAGUCCCUGAAAGCUUUGGCUUCCCCAGCCUCCAGAGCCCCCCAAGUGGCCCUCCUACCUGUUACUUGUAACAGGACCAAAGAGGAAAAUUCAGUGUGAACGUAAUAAUACAAGCAGCCCCUGGGCUGAAAGAGUGUGCUGCAAGUGCCUAAGCCAGUGUUUCUCAACCUUGGCAACUUUAAGAUGUGUGGACUUCAACUCCUCAUGGACUCACGGCUCCUGCUCAAAGAGCAGGUGGCAGCCGUGGCCAGAAGGGCCUUUGCACAGCUUCGUAUUGUGCACCAGUUACGCCCUUUCCUGGAUCGGGAGGCCCUUCGAACAGUCACUCACGCCCUUGUUUUCUCCCAUAUAGACUACUGCAAUGUGCUCUACAUGGGGCUACCCUUGAAGAGUAUCCGGAAGCUUCAGCUGGUCCAGAAUGCGGCUGCGUGGGCUAUUUUUGGCACCCCUAGAAGGGCGCACAUAACACCUUUGCUACACAAGCUGCAUUGGAUACCAGUCUGCUUCCGGGUCCAAUUCAAGGUGUUGGUUAUCACCUAUAAAGCCCUACAUGGCAUGGGACUGGGUUACCUAAGGGACCGCCUCUUCCCCGUUUCUUCAGCCCGUCCCAACCGAUCAUGCAGAGAGGGCAUGCUACGGGCCCCGUCGAUAAGAGAAUUCCAUGUGCCCGCCCUUUGGAAUAUCUCACCCCCGGAGGUGAGAUUAGCCCCAUCGCUCCUAGCCUUCCAGAGGGAGUUGAAGACCUGGCUCUGCCACCAGGCUUGGGGCAGGGAGGAGAAUAGUCAUACUUGGGGCUGGCUAGUGCCUUGAAGUGCCCUCCUAUACAGUGACUGAAUGAGAUCACAGCCAGCUGGAUUUUAUUAUAUUUGGUAGUUCUGUUAAAUUGUUUUAUAUUGAAGUUUUAUUAUAUAUUUAUUGUUUUAUAUUGUAAACCGCCCAGAGUCCCUCUGCUCGGGAAUGGCUGGGGAAUCCUGGGAAUUGAAGUCCACACGUCUUAAAGUUGCCAAGGUUGAGAAACACUGGCCUAAGCUGAUCCCUGGCAGAGCUUCACCCUCCUGCAGUGGGCUCCCUGCCUUCACCUGAAUCUCCCCAUUUGAGGACUGGGACCCUGGCACUGGAUUUUUCUUCAGCCGUGUCGUCCCACCCCAGGCAGCCUUGGUUCUUCCGCUGACCCCUCCCUGCUUUCCUGCUGCUGCCUGUAUGGGUGCAUCUCCUGUAUUGU